UUUCACCAGCCCUUCAAACAAUUCAGGACUUGGUUCUGUCCGACGACUAUCCACAUGGUAAUGCUCAGAACCUUUACCUGAUAAGCCUAAAUUUAUUUUGUUUCUCAAAAAGUUUACCUGAAGCAUAUCUUGAUGGCACUUCGGUCAUAAACAUAUCCUUGUUUGUGUAACGAUGUGGGGUACUGCUGGUUAAUCCAAGCGGUCAUUGUGAAUUAGAUUCUCGAGGUCGUAAGAUUUCCGCAAAUUAUGGCGGGCAUCCCGCAGGCUGUCAAUGUUCACAGCACCAGUCAAAUGACUGACAAUUUAAGUAGAAACGAGAUACUUCAAUGGGUUAACCACUGUCUGGACAGCUGCUACAGCAAAGUAGAGGAGUUGUGUACCGGAGCGGCUUACUGUCAACUGGUGGAUAUGCUCUUCCCAGGCACGUUAUCGUUUAAAAAGGUCAAGUUUAACACAAAGUUGGAGCACGAGUACAUUAAUAACUUCAAAGUUUUGCAAGCUCUUUUCAAGAAGCAUGGAGUAGAUAAAGAAGUCCCAAUCGAAAAGUUAGUUAAAGGAAAGUUCCAAGAUAAUUUUGAGUUUGUGCAAUGGUUCAAACGCUUUUUCGACGUAAAUUAUGAUGGUCAUCCUUAUGAUGCUUUAGCGGCUAGAGGAGGUGAAAAAAUUAUUGGCAGCGGCAAGCCUCCAAGCAAGUCCCAACUCGACCAACCACGAAAUAGCAUUUCAUCAAACGUCAAACCUGUAGGUCAGAAGCAGGUAGUUACAACUUUGCGCACCAGCCAGUCUGGUAUUUCAGGAACUCCUACUAAUAAUAAUAGUCAUUAUUCUUCUGGAGAUAAUGCAGAAGUAGCCAUCUUGAAACAGCAAUUUGAUCAACUUACACUAGAGGCUGAACAAAACAAGACUACUAUCGAAGGAUUACUUCGUGAAAGAGAUUUCUACUUCAAUAAACUACGUAGCAUUGAAAUAAUUUGUCAAGAAAAUCGAAAAGUAGAUUUAACUAAGAGUAUUUUUGAAAUCCUCUACGCAACUGAAGAUGGCUUCACUGCUCCCGAAGCUGAAGAACCGGAAGAAUUCUAAUUGGAUCUCUUUUUAACAACCCGGUACUCCUAAUGCCAACUUUAGGCAAAUGUUCUCUGUUAAUCUUACCGAUGAUAGUAGUUGUAGUACUACUGUCUCAGUUCAUUAGCCCAAUCUGCCUCUUAUUAUUUAAAGGCUGAAAAUGUUGAUUUUAUUUUUUGUUUUGUAUGUAUUUGUCAGCGUGUUUAUUUUGCUUGUAAACAUUUUCCAGUAUUAUGGAUCUUCUUAAAGCUGUAUUAUUAUUAUUAUUAUUAUUAUCAUGACUGUUAUUAUUAAUAAUAAUGAGCUACAUUUCUGCACUUUCACUCUUACCUUAAAUAAAGUUUUUGCUUUUAGCUUACUUGAUAAAACAAAAUCCGUCAUUAAAUAACUUCUCAUUGUUUGUUUUAAUUUGUUGCUACGAAAUUCCCUGCAAAGUUUUAGUUAUCUGUGAAAUCACAGCAAUUAUACAUAUACGCAAAUUGUAAAAAUCUCCUAACAGUUACUGCGUUUAUAUGUUCAUAUAGGUUCACGUGUCCGUAUACCGGAUAUUUUUCAUAAAGAGGUUUGUGAUCUUUAGUUUACUACAUUUGUACUCAUGCACUGUACACAGUAACUGACCAGCAUUUUUAAAAAUUAAAGUGCUAACCUUCAUAUACAUAGUACACAGUUUCAGGCAUUGUUUUCUUCUUUUGUACACAAUAAGUUAAAAAGAGGUUGUUAAGUUUAGGCUGGA